AUGAUGGAGGGUCUUCCUGUUAUUAAACAAAAGAAACUCGAAGACUGCUUCCCUGACGCCCCGCCGAUGGCGCUGGACUUGCUGCGGCAGUUGCUGCAGUUCAACCCACGAAAGCGAAUAAGGAAACUCGAAGACUGCUUCCCUGACGCCCCGCCGAUGGCGCUGGAUCUGCUGCGGCAGUUGCUGCAGUUCAACCCACGAAAGCGAAUAAGCGCAGAGCAAGCACUGGAGCACCCCUACGUUCGUCAGUUUCACAACCCUGACGAUGAGCCCGUUUGCGGCCACAUAAUAACUAUACCGAUCGACGACAACACAAAGUAUUCAGUUGAAGACUACCGCGAGAAGGUUUACCAAGAAGUUAUAAAAAAAAAAAGAGAAACACGAAGACACAGACAUGCACACGGCUCCUCUUCUCAGCCUUCUGCUGCAGCAGCUGCUGCUCCCUCCAGCAGCAGCAGCAGCAGCAGCAGCAGCAGCAGCAGCAGCAGUGGAGCUGCUGAGGGCGCCUCUCGAAGCAGUGGUCACCACGGAGCCUCGCGCCACUCGGCCACAUAUCAGCAGCAGCCUGCUGCUGCUGCUGCUGCAACAUCUCAUAAGAGCAGCAGCAGCUACACAUACCCUCAGCAGCAGCAGCAGCAAGGUCACCACGGAGCCUCGCGCCACUCGGCCACAUAUCAGCAGCAGCCUGCUGCUGCUGCUGCUGCAACCUCUCAUAAGAGCAGCAGCAGCUACACAUACCCUCAGCAGCAGCAGCAGCAGCAUUCGCAGCAUUCGCAGCAGCAGCAGCAACGAAGCGGCUCGCUAGCGUCUUCCUACUCUCCCGCCAGUGGGGCCCCUGCUGCAGUGUAUGCACAGCAGCAGCACGCUGCAUAUGGGGGGGGGCCCCAAGGACGUGAUGCUGCUGCUGCUGCUGCUGCAGUGUAUGCACAGCAGCAGCACGCUGCAUAUGGGGGGGGGGCCCAAGGACGUGAUGCUGCUGCUGCUGCUGCUGAAACACGAAGACACAGACAUGCACACGGCUCCUCUUCUCAGCCUUCUGCUGCAGCAGCUGCUGCUGCGCAGUGCACCGGCCAGGAGCAGCAGCGUCAUGCUCAUCGUGUCUCUGGGUCGACGUAUCCCUCUUAUCCUGCUGCUGCAGGUACAGCAGCAGCAGCAGCACCAGCAGGAGCAGCAGCGUCAUGCUCAUCGUGUCUCUGGGUCGACGUAUCCCUCUUAUCCUGCUGCUGCAGGCACAGCAGCAGCAGCACGCAGUGUAUGCACAGCAGCAGCACGCUGCAUAUGGGGGGGGGGCCCAAGGACGUGAUGCUGCUGCUGCAGCAGCAGCAAUGUAUAGUGCAGCCGCAGCAGGCGGCCCUGGUUCUAGUGCUGUGUACUCACGAUAUGCGUGUGGGACUGGCAGCAGCAGCAGCAGCAGCAACAGCAGCAGCAGCAGCAGCAGCAGCAGCAACAACAGAGGCAGCAGCUCCUCUCUCCUGA